GGAGCAACGGCACGGGGAAGACAGCGAAAGACUCGGGGCCGGUAGGCGCAUGCGCCGUUUUGCCGCUCUCACGGGCCGGUCGAGGCGCUGGGCUGCCGUUGGCGUCAGUUCCGCUCCUCCCCCAUUUCUGUGAGCCGGGCUGGAGGAGGAGUCGGAGUCGGUUCCUGGUGUGGUUAAAUAUAAAACUGUAAUGGCAGAAUGGGGGAAAUGCAAAACAUGUGUAAGUAGUGCCAUUCUUUUGCAGCAGAGACAGCAUUUUAGACUAUAAUUGAUGCAAAAUGAGUGUUCCUGACUACAUGCAGUGUGCUGAGGACCAUCAAACUCUCCUGGUUGUGGUCCAGCCAGUUGGGAUUGUCCCUGAAGAAAACUUUUUUAGGAUCUACAAACGAAUUUCAACCGUGAGUCAGAUUAAUGUCCGUGACUCCCAGCGUGUGCUAUAUAUCCGCUAUAGACAUCACUACCCUCCAGAAAACAAUGAAUGGGGGGAUUUUCAGACUCAUCGGAAAGUUGUGGGUCUCAUCAUCAUAACAGACUGUUCCUCUGCAAAGGAUUGGCCCCAAACUUUUGAAAAAUUCCACCUUCAGAAGGAAAUAUAUGGUUCUACACUCUAUGAUUCCCGAUUGUUUGUCUUUGGGCUUCAAGGAGAGGUUGCAGAACAGCCCCGCACAGAUGUGGCAUUUUAUCCUAGUUACGAUGAGUGUGAAACUGUGGAGAAGAGAAUAGAAGAUUUUAUUGAAUCUCUCUUCAUUGUACUGGAAUCCAAACGUCUUGACAGGGCCACUGAUAAAUCUGGUGACAAGAUCCCACUUCUGUGUGUCCCUUUUGAAAAAAAGGACUUUGUAGGUCUGGACACUGAUAGUAGACAUUAUAAGAAACGUUGUCAAGGUCGGAUGCGGAAACAUGUUGGUGAUCUGUGUCUACAAGCUGGGAUGUUGCAAGAUUCCUUGGUACAUUAUCAUAUGGCUGUGGAACUUCUGCGGUCUGUAAAUGACUUUUUGUGGCUUGGAGCUGCUCUUGAAGGUUUAUGCUCAGCAUCAGUUAUCUAUCACUACCCUGGUGGCACAGGAGGUAAAGCUGGGGCUCGUAGGGCACAAGGUAGUUCUCUUCCCGCUGAGGCAGGCAACAGACACCGACCAGGGGCACAAGAAGUUCUCAUUGACCCAGGUGCCCUCACUUCAAAUGGUAUCAAUGCAGAUACCAGUGCUGAAAUAGGACGUGCCAAGAACUGCCUUGGUCCUGAAGACAUCAUAGAUAAAUAUAAAGAGGCCAUUUCUUACUACAGCAAGUAUAAAAAUGCUGGUGUGAUUGAGUUGGAAGCCUGUGUGAAGGCAGUGAGAGUCCUAGCAAUACAGAAAAGAAGCAUGGAAGCUUCUGAGUUUCUUCAGAACGCAGUUUAUAUCAACCUUCGUCAGCUUUCUGAAGAAGAAAAAAUCCAGCGUUACAGCAUUCUCUCUGAAUUGUAUGAACGUAUUGGAUUUCACCGAAAGUCUGCGUUCUUCAAGCGUGUAGCAGCAAUGCAAUGUGUGGCACCUAGCAUAUCAGAGCCAGGUUGGCGGGCCUGCUACAAACUGCUUUUGGAGACGCUUCCUGGAUACAGUCUGUCUUUGGAUCCGAAGGACUUCAGCAAAGGAACUCAUAAAGGAUGGGCUGCAGUGCAAAUGCGUUUGCUUCAUGAGUUAGUGUAUGCUUCAAGAAGAAUGGGAAACCCUGCUCUUUCUGUCCGACACUUGUCCUUCCUUCUCCAAACCAUGUUGGAUUUUCUCUCUGAUCAAGAAAAGAAAGAUGUAACACAAAGCUUAGAAAACUAUACAUCAAAAUGUCCUGGGACGAUGGAGUUCAUCACACUUCCAGAAGGUUUGAGGUUACCCCCCGUGCCGUUCACCAAGCUGCCUAUUGUAAGAUCUGUGAAACUCUUGAAUCUCCCCAUCAGUCUUCGGCCACAGAAAAUGAAAAGUUUGUUGGGUCAGAACAUGUCAGCCAAAAGUCCCUUCAUAUACUCUCCAAUUAUUGCACACAAUCGUGGAGAAGAGCGAAGUAAGAAAAUAGACUUCCAGUGGGUCCAAGGAGAUGUAUGUGAAGUUCAGCUGAUGGUGUACAAUCCUAUGCCUUUUGAACUCAGAGUAGAAAACAUGGGUCUCCUGACAGCCGGAGUAGAAUUUGAAUCUCUCCCUGCAGCUUUUUCUCUACCUGCUGAAUCUGGCCUCUACCCAGUGACCCUUGUUGGUGUUCCUCAGACUACUGGGCAGAUCACUAUCAAUGGUUAUCAUACUUCAGUCUUUGGAGUCUUCAGUGAUUGUCUUCUGGAUAACCUGCCAGGAUUAAAGACAAAUGGCUGUGCAGUAGAAGUCAUUCCAGCUUUGCCAAGGCUGCAGAUCAGUACCUCUCUACCAAGGUCUGCUCACACACUGCAGCCUUCCUCAGGAGAUGAUAUUUCCACCAGUGUAUCUGUCCAGCUUUACAAUGGAGAGACCCAGCAACUUAUCAUUAAAUUAGAAAAUAUUGGAACAGAACCUCUGGAGAAGCUAGAGGUCACGGCAAAAACAAUCAACUCAAAAGAAAAGCUGUAUGGUGAGUUCCUGAGUUGGAAGCUAGAAGACACACUCUCUCAGUUUCCCCUAAAACCUGGGAAGAUUGCAACAUUUAAUGUAAACAUUAAAGUGAAGCUCGACUUCUCCUGUCAAGAAAACCUUCUGCAAGACCUCAGUGAUGAUGGAAUAAGUAUUAGUGGACUUCCGCUUUCCAGUCCUUUUCGACAGAUUGUCAAACCACGAGUAGACAGCAAACCUAUCAAUCCAACUGAAAGCGGCAAAGUUGGUGACUUCAGUCAUGUAAAGACACUGGAAGCCAUUCUGAAUUUCAAAUACUCUGGGGGACCAGGACAUGCUGAUGGCUAUUACAGGAACCUCUCCCUGGGCCUUCAUGUGGAAGUGGAGCCAUCUGUCUUCUUUACGCACGUCAGUACCCUUCCUGCAACAAGCACCCGACAAUGCCAUCUACUCCUUGAUGUCUUCAAUUCAACUGAACAUGAGCUGACUGUUAGUGCUAAAAACAAUGAAGACCUAGUUCUGCAUGCGGGGGAAUGUCAGCGUAUGGCUAUCCAGGUUGACAAGUUUAAUUUCGAGAGUUUCCCAGAUUCCCCUGGUGAAAGGAUACAGUUUGCAAACCCAAAGCAACUGGAAGAAGAGAGACAGCAGGCGAAAGGUCUGGAGAUCAACAGCAAGUUAGACGUUUGCUGGAAAAUUCCUUCUUUGAAGCGUGAAGGGGAAGCAAGUGUAGAAGGAGUUCUUAAUCAACUGGUCCUAGAGCAUCUGCAGUUGGCUCCUCUCCAGUGGGAUGUCUUGGUGGAUGGAAAGGUCUGUGACUGUGAUAUUGUAGUAGACUGCAAAGUCGGGGACCCCAUCGCAUUGGAGGUGAAGCUGACCAACUGGAGCAAACAUAGUGUGGGCCCAUUUGCUCUGACGGUGAUCCCAUACCAGGAUUACCAAAAUGGAGUGCACAACUAUGAGCUCCAUGAUGCCAUCACCUUCGUUGGAUCCAACACCUUUCACAUUGAUUCAGUGAAACCAACCAAAAAUGCUGUGUGCUUUGGAGCCCUGCUCUUUCUCUAUACAGGUGAUUUUUACUUGAACAUCAAGUUUCAUGAAGACAUCUCCAGCAGGGAGCUUCCUCUUUCUUGGUUCUGCCUGCCCAGUGUUCACAUUCGUGCUACGGAGCCUGUGAUCCAAACCAAACUGUAAAUGUACCAUAUGAUAUUGGAUUAGCCACAGUGCACAGAAACACUUGCCAUGUCCUCUGCUUGACCCCACUCUGUUUCUUUCCAACCCCAGCCCACAGGCCUUUCUUUAGAGGCACAGCUGAACCCUUUUAGAAUUGGCUGAGGUCAUUCGGGCAGCUGCCUUUGCUUAUUUGGAAAGGAGUGAUGGAAUAUAAUGUACUGGAUACCCCCCCCCCCAUUGCCUUCCAAAAAGCCUUUGGUAGCCACUAAGGGAAAAAUUCUUCUCUUCCUGAUAGCCAUGCCUCCCAAUUGAUAUCAGUGGAUUUGCAGGGGUGUAUGUGAAAGCUGAAUUUAGCCAUGAGCUUGAAGGUCGUAGCUCCAAUCUGAAUGAUACCUAAGGAUAUAUCGUCUGCACUUGAACAAGAGUUGUGUUUCUCCACUAAAUUCCCACCACCACCACACUGAAUACACCAUUUGGGACCUAUUUUCUCAGUCACAGUUUCUUCCUAUGCUUGUUUCUAAGCCCUUUGUUUGCUGGGUAUAUUGGUGUCUUUCUAACUCAGAAUAGAUGUAAGCCAUGCAAUAGCAGAACAGUUUUUUUUCUUUCUUUCCCACCAGAGUCUAAGGAACGCCGCAGCAGUAAUGCCUUUUAAUUUGUUACUUAUUGCAGGAAAUAGCGGUAAUUGUAUCUCCAGUUUUUCUUGAUAGAAUAGGCAUGAACCCAAAAAGAGCUCUCCGCCCCUCCUUGGUCACAGUGCAGUUACUUCCCUUUGUGCAGCAGUAAACAAGAAAAGAAGGAAAGCAAGACAGGUAGAAACAUUUCUAUUUUUUCCAGAAAGGAUUGAAGCCAAAUAUUUGCCUGCCUGUGGGUAACCUAUGAUGUCAGAGGGCCACAGGCCUAUUUCAUGGCAGUUGGGAGCCAUUUCAAGCAGUUGCAGGCCUCUUAAAAUGCCACCAAGAUGAAUCUGCUGAUAGUUUUUAAAGCUUUUCACAAGAAAUUGUUUCCAAACGUCUACUAAUCAGGAUUAGACAGGCCAGGCUAGACUAUGGUAUUUUCUUCUUUUCUUUGUCGAAUGAAUAAAAUAAAACAUUACAGAAUAACUGCUGCAAGGUACUUCACUGUGGCUGUAGCUGCCAAAUGUACUGUAAAUUUGCUUUACUGUGUUGUCUUUUACAUAGAAGCUUUGAAUAAAGAGACCGAGGCUUUCCCUAGGUGAAGCACUGAUGGUGUCUGAUCUGUACAUGAAUUUUUCUUUGCUGUGUGAGUCAUAUUUGUGUCUAAACAUGCAAAUAACCCAAUGCAUAUUUUAUUCAGAUAUGAUGGCUUUACAGCCCACUCCUACUGGCAAAAUUCUCAUUGUCUUCAGUAGAAACACAAUCCUGCCCAGGCUCAAUGGAAUGAUGAAUACUGCAGUUUUUGAAUGGCAAUAAUGCAAAAAAUAUUCCCACUUGAACGGUAGUUUCUAAGCAUGAGGGAACUUUUGCUACAGGCUAUAGUAUCUACAUUUCCAGUACAUUCAAGCAGCAGUGAUGCCGUUUGCGCCAACAUUUUGUUCACAACACAGUGAACAUUUGCUUUUGAGUUGGAGGAAACAUCUAUCUAGAGCUUUAGAAUUUCAGAGGAAAAGGUCUCUCAAGUUCAAAUGACUGUCUAAAAGGCUUAUUUGGAACGACAAAUUCUUCUGUCAGCUGCAAAGGGGUGCAAUGUCCUGUGACAGCAGAAAUAGUUCCACAGCUUUGUACUGCUCUUCUUAGGGCAGGAAAGCCUGACAGGGAAGAGCCUCUGAGUGACUCGAGCUUGGCACCUUCUUUACGGUGGCAGAGCUCCAUCGAACAGAGCUGUGCGGUGGGGCCAAAUUUGCUGCAUACCAUCGCCUGCCUGUCUAGGUGUUAAGGGAAGAAGUGAGGAGAGUGGGCAUUCAGUUUCUCCAGAAAGGCUUUGCUUUUCUUGCAUGCGCCCCUACUGCAUAAUGUGAUACAAUAAUAUUACUGUACCGCCACACUCUAAAUUGAGAUUAAUUCAGUAAUCCCCAAAAGAUAUUCUUCGUGCUACAGUUGCUGCUAGGAAUAAAGCUAACGCUUUAUGAGGACCACAUUUAUCUGGGUGUGAGACAAAAAUAUCGAUGGAUAGCCUAGCUCUGAGCCUGUUAAUGGAAGAUUCUCUCUCUCCGAGUAAAGGAUGUUGUACUGUGAAACCUGUAC